UGAUGUACCUCCUCGGCGUUUGGGCGCAGAGCAAGACAUUGGACACUAAGUACACGUCUUCCUUGCUUGAGGAGGUGGGCUCGCUGUCAAACGGCAUGGCGUGCGCCUACAGCCUCUUCCAGAUGCAUGUCCCUGCAGGGCCAGCCCCCGAGGAUUCGUUCCAGCUCGAGCACUUCGUCCGCGACACGUUGGAACCGCUGGCCGUUCGGUUCCACGAGCUCAAGGCGGUCAUCGACAACCUGCUGCGCUCUCCCGAGAAGAAGCUGCGCCGCGCCGCGUCGGACCCCGUUCAGCCUGAUGAAGCUCUCGCCGCCGCCAGUUCGAGCGCACAGGAGGCAGAGUCGGUGUCCGAGUCGCAGGAGUUAGCGGAGCAGGCUCAAGACUCACAGCAGUUGCAUGAAGAGUCUCAGCGGUAAGUCUUCCAGCCAAUCCCGAAGGCAUGACGAGCGGUGCGG